AUGGAUCUCGAAAUAACGAAGCAGCAGAAUGAUGCCAUCAGGGCAUCUAUAGCAGAACCCACUCUCACAGUCGAGAAGCACAUUUCCGCCUGUGAAGAGAAUGCGGUACACAACAGUACCUUCAAUGCUGCGACUGUGACGAAGACUCAUGUGGAACUGAUGAAUGCUGCAAGGAAGAUGAAAAGUGAUGUUUAUGACCAAACUGAUUCAAUUCAACAGUUCAUACACUCCGGAUGUUUGAGGGCAUUGCUAGAGGCAGGCGUUUUCGAUAUGUUACCAUUGGAUGGAACAGGAAUGCCUGCUUCUGAAUUGGCUGAAAAAACUAAUAUGGAAGAGGUAUUGUUAAUUAUAAUGAUGCGAGCCGUUACGCCCAUCUAUUUUGAGGAGAAUACUGGAGGUUAUGAAGAAUACGCGCCCUGUAGUUAUGCCCUAACUCCAUACUUCAAAGAGAAUGGAUUCAAAGAGCCAGAUUCGAUCAAAAACAAUCCAUAUACAUUUGCCCAUCGAACUAAUGGUCUCAAUAUGUGGGAAUACCUCUCUCUUCAUCCCGAAAGACUAAGAAUAUUCAAUUUGGGGAUGAAUCGAAUUUCUUCGCAAAUGUGGGGUGGUCAAGGUCAAGCUAUCACUGCUAUCAAAGAUAUCAUUGAAGGUACUAAAGGUCGAUUAAUUCUUCAAGACAGAGAAGAAGUUAUGUUGGAGAACCCUGAUCCCAUUCAUGGUAUUGAAAAGAUGACUUAUAACUUCUUCACACCACAACCAGUCAAAGAUUGCGUUGCUGUUCUUUUCAAUAUCGCUAAUGCCAUGGCUUCCACUUCUCGGCUUCUUAUUGCUGAAAUGGUGUUGCAGGACGAGCUAGAUGCCGAGGCGACUUGGAUGGAUGUUACGAUGAUGUUCUUCGCAGGAAAAGAGAGAUCAGAGAAGCAAUGGAGACAAUUGAUUGAAGCUGUAGGAUUGAGAUUGGAGAGAAUAUAUGGUUCCGAGGGAACAACUUUUAGUGUAUUGGAAGCGUGGUUGAAGUAG